CUAACUAAUUUCUUUAAUCAGUUCGAACCACUUUGAGUGGGUGACAAGUGUUUUUAACUUGUAUAUUGUUUGAAUGUAUUAAAAAUUCAAAAUGAACAAAUUUCACUUCCAUCGAGCGCCUGUCUGCAACAAUCUACAAGAGGCUGGGAUAUCUUUGAGUCUGUCCAUGCCUUUUUGCUAGAAAACGAGAAUUUUCCGGUGACGUUUAUAGCGAGAUUUUUUCAACCGAGAUAAGAAAGAAGUUUUCGUUUCGUGUCAAUUAAUGUUUAAUCCAAAAUUAACCCGAGGGUGCUGUUCGGCGCGCGGGGCAUCUUGGGAAAGUUUUGUUUGUGAACUUUUUGGCAACGAUAAUGAACAUUGGCCACAGGACUAGUUGAGAAACAAGAGGCCAAAACUUCACAUGCGAGAAUUCUCCCUCGCGGAUAAAGCGAUCGGACGAUUAGCCUGUGCCGGCGAGAGAAUUCCGGGCUGGAAUUAUUUUCCCUUCAGUCGGCAAAUUUUUUCCGGGGGAUCUACGAUACGGCAAUCAGGAACGCCGAAAGCCGAGUGAUUUUUGCAAAGAGCUGGCAAAGGGCAAAUAACUCGCAGCAGAGAGCAAGCGAUGGAGGAACCUCCUGAAGCGAGCAGGGAAUUCGCACUUCAACAAGAAAGGCAACAAACUGCUGGUGCAGGAAUUAAACGGGAAGCGAUGUCUUUCGAGUCGGAUUUUGAAAAAACAAGAAAAGUCCCAAAGCUUUGUCUUAAAAUAUCUACUUCCGAAGUCAGAAUGGUUGAUAGCUUAGAACACAGGGAAGAGAUGUUUGAGUCUGAUGAUGUGGUCAGGGGUUUGAGUCAGAAGCAUGAAGAAACAGCUCCAGCACUGAGUUGCCACACUUGUGGGGAGGAGAUUUACAGUGAGGAGUUUGUAAAUGAUGAGAAGCUUUACUGCAGUGAGGAAUGUAUGGAAAGAGAAAGUUCUGCAAUGUCAGUGGAUACAACCAGAAGAAGGGUGCAUGCAACGAGACAAGCAUUCAUGUCCGAUCUAGACAGACCUUCCUCUGGUGUUAGAGAUAUGAAGAGGCAGUGCAGAGGCCUUGGAAUGGCAGCAUCCAUCCAAGAGCUUAUUGGGUGUCCUACACCAGGAUGUGAUGGAAAGGGACAUGUGAAUGGAAAGUUUGCAUCACACCGCAGUGUCUACGGAUGUCCCUAUGUACAGAAAACAAACAGGAGGUUUUCAAGGACAGACAAUGGAGAUAAGGAUGCUGAUUCAGAUGCUUCAAGAUGUCCCACUCCAGGAUGUGAUGGUUCAGGACACAAGUCUGGAUUAUUUGCUUCUCACAGAAGUCUGUAUGGAUGUCCAAGAAGGGUUUCUGUGGAUAAAGAUAAAAAUGGUAAGAUGUCAGGAGCUGGAGAUGAGAAUGGAGCAAGGUGUCCCACUCCCGGAUGUGAUGGAACUGGACACAGGACUGGGUUGUACACAUCUCACAGAAGUCUUUCAGGGUGUCCCCUGGCAACAGUUCAGAAGCAGAUUGCUCGGCAAUGUAAGAGUCCACCAGCUACUCCACCACACAAGAAAACACGCCCACCAAAGUACAUUCUAACAGACAAGACACCCCCUCAGGAAAGCCCCACAUCACCAGACUCUGGAAUUUCCUCUGCAUCCAGCACUGAAGACAACUCGGCAAAGAAAGAACUCAACUUUGACUCUGACAAUAAAGAUUACCCAGUUCACUUCACCUUUCCUAAAAGCAAGCCACCCAAAACAAAGGCCGAAACUCCAUCUGUGACCUGUACAUCGACAACGCCAACUGUUACCCUCGCUCCAUUUUCAAUGCCAAGCGUCAUCUCGGCUACGACUGCCGUGGCUGUUGCCAAUUCUGUCAUGAGUGGUAAUUUGGCUUCAUUACCUAAAGAAGUGCCUACGACGGAGUGUUCAGCUGAGGACACUGAGGAUCGAACUGUUAAAGGACCCAUGGAACAAGACAAUGAUGGUGAUGAUGAUGAGGAGGAGGAAGAAGUGAGCUCAGAUGAGAUGUGUCUGGAGGCAAAGGAAGUGGUGCAGUAUUCAUCCUCUGAGAGUUCAUCUGAUGAUGAUGAUGACUUCAAAGAUGAUGGCGAAGACUCUGAUUAUGGAGGAGGGAAAGGUGUCUCAAAGUUUAUUGGUUGUCCCACAGAAGGCUGUGAUGGUUCAGGCCAUGUGAAUGGCCGUUUUGCCACUCAUCGUCGCCUCUCUGGUUGCCCAAGGGUCGCUAGGAACGUGCCUCUUCCAAAAACCCCAACAAAGCGCGAGUUUGGAGCAGAUGGAAAACCCAAAGAGCUUCUUAGUUGCCCAACCCCCAACUGUGACGGGAGGGGUCAUGUCUCAGGACAAUAUGCCACUCACAGGAGUUUAUCAGGGUGCCCAAUGGCGGCCAAAAUGCAGCAACAGGAACACCAAGAAGUUAGGUACAUGUGUCCCACCGUUGGUUGCGAUGGAACAGGUCAUGUGACUGGCAAGUACGCCUCACACAGAAGCUCUGAGAGUUCAUCUGAUGAGGAUGAUGACUUCAAAGAUGAUGGCGAAGACUCUGAUUAUGGAGGAGGGAAAGGUGUCUCAAAGUUUAUUGGUUGUCCCACAGAAGGCUGUGAUGGUUCAGGCCAUGUGAAUGGCCGUUUUGCCACUCAUCGUCGCCUCUCUGGUUGCCCAAGGGUCGCUAGGAACGUGCCUCUUCCAAAAACCCCAACAAAGCGCGAGUUUGGAGCAGAUGGAAAACCCAAAGAACUUCUUAGUUGCCCAACCCCCAACUGUGACGGGAGGGGUCAUGUCUCAGGACAAUAUGCCACUCACAGGAGUUUAUCAGGGUGCCCAAUGGCGGCCAAAAUGCAGCAACAGGAACACCAAGAAGUUAGGUACAUGUGUCCCACCGUUGGUUGCGAUGGAACAGGUCAUGUGACUGGCAAGUACGCCUCACACAGAAGCCUGUCAGGUUGUCCUCUGGCACCAAAGCUUGCUCUUCAAAAUUCUGAAGCCGGUGGGAGUGGUGCACAGUCUGACAAAAGCGGCCCAAUGUGCCCAACUCCGGGAUGUGACGGGACGGGACAUUCCAGCGGUCAGUUCAGCACCCACAGAAGUUUGUCUGGCUGUCCGCUAGUUUCUCCUUCCGAGAAGAAAGUUCUCAUGAGGCAAGAGGCAGAGUCAAAGUUGCUUGCUCAAGCAAAUUCUUUGGAACCUGAAGUCCAGUUGGUUAAAAUUCGUUCAGGGAAAGCUCAACAAGAAAUCGAAAAGGUCCGCGCCUUGGACAAAGAGAUCAACGUCCUUCAAUCGUCCAACGAAGAGUGCGAGAAGCUCAACAAGGAGCUUGACUCCGAGAUCAGCCGCUUGGAGCAAAGGCUGACCGUGUGCAAGGAGGAGACGGCAAGCGACAGGCACAGGACGGGCGUGGUCGAGACGAAGCUUGCCGUGGUACAGACGCGGUUUAUUGCCUCCCUGUCCCAUGUUCAGAUGCCCGACAUCGGCGUCAAACUCACGUUCGACACCAUGGAUAAGUAUAUCGAUAAAUUGCAAGAAAUAAUUGAAGAAAAUUCUACAGAUUAUAUUGGGCUUAUUGGUGAGAUUAAAGAGGCGUUAUCAGAUUUUAAAUUUUAAAUACAGAAAGAGAGAAAAAGAGUUUUAUUAUCGCAUACCAUUGGAAUAUUAUUAAUUACUGAAGUCAGGAAAAUUACAGAUUUUAUUAUAAUACUAAGUAUUUUGAUGUACGCUUAUCAGAUUUCUUUUAAAAUUAUCUGUCAUAGUUAUAGACCUUUCGAAUAGGAUUUUUAAUACGAAAUAAUGCCAAAAGAUAACGUAUUUACUUGUCAGUAGAUAACGAUUUAGUCUUAAUUUCCUCAGUUUUUGGACCUUUCAUUUUCCCAUGUUCUGGUCUCUCUUCCGUGACUACAUAUUUGCAGUUUAUUCCUAAAUUCAUAUUUAAGUCAUAUUUAUACUCACGCUGGCAUAACUUAUGUGACUCUGUCCAUGUUAUAUUAUUAUUUACAAUACUGGUGAAAAUUCUCUCUCCACCCACUUCUGUCGUGUUCUACCUCUUUCGGACUGUUUGUGACUGCUCGUGGGUUCUCGUAAAUGCUCGUAAGUGUUCGUGAAUUCUCGGGAAUGCAUGCUUGUGAGUGCUCCUGCUAUUUGCUGAUUGGACCAAAAGAAUCAGGAACUGGUCGGGGUUUUAGAAAGGCUCGCUCCAGUGACUGUGCAGGUUCCUCCAUAAAUAAUGUCUUUCACUCUUUUGUUUUGCUUUCGCGCCCGCUUUGUUCUUGCGGGGACUGAAGGAUGAAUGAAAGAUUAUCCUAGGCAGACGCUCUUUGGGUUCGUCACACAAUCUUCCUAAGAAUGAUUGCGUGAUGUGUCCAAAGAGCUUCUGCUUAGGAGGCCUUACCUGUUGUGUGGUGGCUAUAUUGGAGUUCAUUACGGGGCCAUCUGGGGAGAGAAAUGUUCGGAAUCCGCUCGGACACUCGGUACACGAUCGGAUGCCCCGAGAAUUUUCGAGUUCUGUCGACAGGCCCAGACCCCGUCAUUUUUCGGGUUAAGACCUCGCAACAGAUCACCGCGUAUUUAAAAUUCAAAAUGGCAGCCACAAAAUGAAGGAGUCGUCUUUAAUUAGUCCUCUGUUUUUGAUGUGAGUGCUUCCUGUGCCCAAGGAGCAACUAACCAUGACGUUUUCGGGUCAGAAGUACUCCUGCAGACAGAGACUUUUGUUCACUAAUUCAGGUUGCACAGGUUCUUCAGGGAACUUUAAUUUCUGAUUUUCCAAUGGGAUGGUAACCUUGCCUUUUAUGGUUUGGUUUCUUCUCUGGUUAUCUUCUCAUCUUUUCAUAGGCUACAUCUGUGUGGCCAGAUGUCAGAAUCUCAUAACCCUUGUAUUCCAUUUGUGGUACUGUUUUCUUUUUUUCCAAACUUCUUUGCUUCACGUCUUCGAAGGAAAUUUAAUUGCAAUAGACUCGCCGAGUACAUUCUGUAUUGUUUCGCCCUCAUCUUUACCUAGUGGAGAAAGAAAUUGUAUAAACGACUUUUACUUGUGGAUUUAUUGUACAAAAAUUACACGAAUUUAUAACCGCUAGAGUCGAAUAAAAUAGAAAAUGGUAAUUCAACCAAUGACAUAAGCCACUAAGGUUAUGUGUCCCGGGGGGGUGUACUCCCAGAAAAAUUGGGUGGGGAUGUGCAGCCUACUUUCCAAAACCCCUUAUUCUAGUUAAGACCAAGAUCUGUGAUUUUCCCUACCCUAUGUAUGACCUGACCAAAAAUUUGAUACCCCAUUUAAGACCUGACUCUUAAAUCAUUACCGUGUUACAGACUCGCCUUGUGAUCACUUCCUUAGUUCAGAACGAUGUUAAAGGAAUUGUGUAGGGCUUUUGUUGAUGGUCUUACCACUGAUGUUGAGAACGUUGCUUUUUCUAAAAACAAAACAAACCCAAUUCAAGACUAGAGUGCAAGAACCAUCCCCUAUUUGAGACCAAAAUGUCCAAA